GUCCGAAAACCACCAUUUGACGUGCAGUGUUAGACGAGUUCGUCAUUCUACUUACCAUUCGAAGGCUAGCUACUACACGUAGACAAAAUGUUUAAUCAGGCAACAUUCACGGCGGUAAUGGCCAGCUUGGCCAUUACCAUGGCGCAGACCUCCACAGAGCAAUAUCCUUCAGCAGCAGAAAUUGCGGCUGCCCAGGCCUCUGUCAAGCCAUACUCUCCUGUUUCCAAAGUGCAUGGGAAGGCAUUCAGCCGAUUUGUUGAUAUCUGGCUCGAAAACACCGAUUACACCACUGCUGCUCUUGAUCCCCAUUUAUCUGCCUUGGCCAAACAAGGAAUUCUCUUGGAGAAUUACUUUGCAGUCACCCAUCCUUCGGAGCCGAACUACUGCGCUUCCGCCGGUGGUGACACAUUUGGCAUGGACAAUGAUAACUUCAACCAGAUCCCAGCAAACGUUUCGACGAUUGCGGACCUAUUUGACACUAAGAAGGUUGCAUGGGGUGAGUACCAAGAGGAUAUCCCUUAUCCUGGUUACCAGGGUUUCCGUUAUCCUGAAAGCGGUGCCAACGAUUACGUACGCAAGCAUAACCCCCUGAUUCUCUUUGACUCGGUCACGAACGACCCUACUCGUUUGCGUCAGAUCAAAAAUUUUACCACCUUCUAUCAAGACCUUGAACAUCACACCUUGCCUCAGUACAUGUUUAUCACCCCAAACAUGACUAAUGAUGCCCACGACACCAACGUCACCUUCGCUGGCACCUGGACCCAUAACUUCCUCACUCCGUUACUGGAAAACGAGUACUUCAUGGAAGACACCCUCAUCCUGCUCACUUUCGACGAGUCUGGAAACUACACCAAACCUAAUAGAGUGUACAGCUUCUUGCUAGGUGGUGCGAUCCCGAAGCACCUUAAGGGCACCAGUGACUCGACAUUCUAUACACACUACUCUGUGAUUGCAUCUCUCUCUGCCAACUUCGGUCUUCCAUCACUUGGCCGAUGGGAUUGUGGCGCCAACCUUCUCUCUCUUGUAGCCGAGGAAACAAAUUACAUCAACUAUGAUGUCGACUAUACCGAUCUCAAUCUGAAUGUGACGUAUCCUGGCCCCGAAUCAGCUAAUGUGUACUCAAAGUAUACUGAUGUCUGGCCUAUUCCAUUAACCUCUGGAUCGUGUUCUGCUGGGCAUGGUAUCCUCGAUAUCGUGAAAAGGACCUAUCGUGGAAAAGAGGCCACUUAUAAUUAUACCAGUCCUAUACCUUACGAUGCUAAAAGCGGAAACAAUGUCGGACUUAAAUACAGUCGCAAAUUGCACAACGGCAGGAUCGAACACUAUGAAACCGUUUGAGCUCUGCCUUCUUUGACAAUCUGGUGAUAAAUCGUGACACCGAAAAAAAGAGUUCUAAGAAUAUUCCUCGCUGUAAAAGAACAAAAUAAUCAGCCAAAACGGUCUUCUCGCUUUUAAAAAUAAUGAUUUCUU